AUGGUGUUAAACGACGCCGACCGCGCCCUCGAGGCGAUCGAGGAACAGGCCGUUGCCCACCCUCGCCGCAGCGAGGAAAUCGAACGGGUGGUCUCGAUAUCAUCCGUCUCAACCUCGUCCUCCUCUUCCCUUGAUGCGUCUUCCUACCACCGGGCAUCCGGGGCCGUAGCAGGGUCAGGAGGACUCGGGCUCGGCUCCGAACUGGACCGCAUCGAUACCCAGCGGGACUUGGACCGUCACCAAACGGAGUUGAGCCGGAUCCAGACGGCGCGCAGCCAGCAUAGCGGGACGGUCGGGCGAGAUGUCAAGAGCAAGGACUGGAAGAGGCCAUUGCCAGGGUUUGGCGCUGGGAAACCGUACCCACCGCUGCUACCGAACCAGGACGAUUAUGUGGUUGAGUUUGAUGGACCUGACGACCCGCUACAUGCGCAGAACUGGGCGUUCAAGAAGAAGCUCCUGACGGCCAUCAUGCUAGGAUUUACUACCAUGACCGCCUCCUUCGGCUCGAGCAUCUUCUCAUCCGCAACUGUGGCGGUAGGUGUCGAGUUCGGUGUAUCUUCUGAGGUCUCUUUACUCGGCGUCUCGCUGUACGUGAUCGGGUUCGCGACGGGCCCAACCCUUUGGGCGCCUCUAUCUGAGCUCAAGGGCCGGCGCCUGCCGCUGGUCCUCUCCAUGUUCGGCUUCACUAUCUUCAACAUCGCCAACGCCGUUGCCAAGGACUUGCAAACAGUACUCAUCACGCGCUUCUUCGCUGGGUUCUUCGGCGCCUGCCCACUAGCCGUCGUCGCUGCCGUCUUCUCCGAUAUGUUCGACAACCGCACCCGCGGCAUCGCUAUCACCGUCUUCUCUAUGACCGUCUUCACCGGCCCGCUCCUAGCCCCCUUCAUCGGUGGCUUCAUCGUCACCGCGCCCACCCUGGGCUGGCGCUGGACCUCGUGGAUCGUCACCUUCAUGGGCGCCCUCGCCUUCAUCCUCGACCUCUUCUUCCUGCGCGAGACCUACCCGCCCACGAUCCUCGUCGGCAAAGCCGCUGAGCUCCGCCGCCGCACCCUCAACUGGGGCAUCCACGCGAAGCAAGAAGAAAUCGAAAUCGACCUGCGCGAGCUCGUUACCAAGAACUUCUCCCGCCCCAUGCGCCUGCUCUUCACCGAACCCAUCGUCUUCCUGCUCUCCCUCUACAUGGCCUUCAUCUACGGCCUCCUCUACCUCUUCCUGACUGCCUACCCCUUCGUCUUCCAAGGCGUCUACCACAUGACCCCCGGCGUAGCCGGCCUCACCUUCCUCGGCAUGGUCACCGGCCAAGUCAUCGCCGGCAUCGUCGUGCUGCUCCAACAACCCUGGUACCAACGCAAACUCGCUGCCAACAACGGCGUGCCCGUCCCAGAAUGGCGACUACCCAGCGUCAUUGCCGGCGGUGUGGCCUUCGCGGGGGGGCUUUUCUGGUUCGGCUGGUCCGGGUACACCGGCCAGGUACACUGGAUCGUGCCGACGCUCUCCGGCCUCCUGACCGGCUUCGGUCUCGCAUCCAUCUUCCUGCAGGCUCUCAACUACCUAGUCGACGCCUACCUCAUGUUCGCGGCGUCCGCCAUCGCGGCCAACACUUUCCUGCGGUCGCUUGCGGGUGCCGGUUUCCCGCUCUUCUCGCGGUACAUGUUCCAGGGCCUGGGCAUCCAGUGGGCAUCUACCCUGCUGGGCUGCGUGGCGGCUGUGUUGGUGCCAAUCCCCAUUGUGUUUUGGAUGUAUGGACAUCGCAUUCGCGCGCGCAGUUCGUAUGCGCCCACGGCACCCGCGCCGGCUCCUCCCGGAACGGCUUCGUCUUCGGAGGGGGACGAUGAGGAGAAUGAGAAGAGUGUCAGGGAGAGCUUGGCGAAUGCCGGUGUGCCGAGGGUUGAUCGGGAUGCGAGGAGUGCUGUCUAA